AUGGACGAGUGCCGACCUUCUGUGAGUGCCCUAACCCCGGUUGUUUCUUCUUCCUGUUCCCCCCCCCACACAGAGGACCUGCUUCCCUCCGGGUUCCCCAACAUCGACAUGGGACCUCAGCUCAAGGUGGUGGAGCGGACUCGGACGGCCACCAUGUUGUGUGCGGCCAGCGGGAACCCUGACCCAGAGAUCACCUGGUACAAGGACUUCCUGCCCAUUGACCCCAACGCAAGUAACGGCAGAAUCAAACAGCUGCGCUCUGGGGCCCUGCAGAUCGAGAACAGCGAGGAGACCGACCAGGGGAAGUACGAGUGCGUGGCGUCUAACGUGGAAGGCGUGCGCUACUCGUCCCCCGCUAACCUUUAUGUGCGAGAGCUUCGAGAAGUCCGGCGCGUGCCCCCUCGCUUCUCCAUCACGCCCACCAGCCAGGAGAUCAUGCCGGGGGGCAGUGUGAACAUCACCUGCGUGGCGGUGGGCUCGCCCAUGCCCUACGUCAAGUGGAUGCUCCACACCGAGGACCUGACCCCCGAGGACGAGAUGCCGGUGGGGCGCAACGUCCUGGUGCUGGACAGCGUCCGCGAGUCGGCCAACUACACCUGCGUGGCCAUGAGCAGCCUGGGCAUCAUCGAGGCCACGGCGCAGAUCACGGUCAAGUCCCUUCCGAAGCCUCCAGGCACGCCGGAGGUGACCGAGACCACCGCCACCAGUGUCACCAUCACCUGGGACUCUGGCAACCCAGACCCGGUGACCCACUACAUCAUCCAGUACCGCGCCAAGUCCCCGGAGAGCAAGUUCGAGACCAUGGACGGCAUCACCACCACGCGCUACAGCAUCGGAGGCCUCUACCCCAACACCGAGUACGAGAUCAGGGUCUCGGCCUUCAACACCAUCGGCCAAGGCCCCCCCAGCGAACCCGUCGAGGCCCGGACCGGCGAGCAGGCGCCCGCCUCCCCUCCACGCAACGUCAAAGCCCGGAUCAUCUCCCAGAACACCAUGAUGGUGCGCUGGGAGGAGCCGGAGGAGCCCAACGGGCAGAUCAAGGGCUACCGGGUGUACUACACCAUGGACGACUCCCAGCUAAUGGCGCACUGGCAGAUCCACAAUGUCCAGGACAGCAUGAUCACAACCAUCCAGAGCCUGGUGCCGUCGGAGACCUACACCAUCAAGGUGCUGGCCUUCACCUCGGUGGGCGACGGACCCUUCUCCGAGCCCAUCCACGUCAAAGUGCUGCAAGGAGUGCCUGGCCAGCCGAACAAAUUCCAGGUUGGUGCUGUGUCAGACACCAGCAUUGAGCUGACCUGGGAGCCAGCCUACGAGAGGGAGGGGAUCAUAAGUUACAACCUCCACUGCAAAGAGGGAAGUCCUGGCAUACUGAUAAAGAAAACGUUUGGUCCCACGUCUUCCUAUGUGGUGGACGGGCUCCGUCCAAACACAGAGUACCUCCUUUCCCUGGCUGCCAUCUCCAACAAAGGCGUGGGGGCCUUCACCAACGACAUUACCCAGAAGACCUUGCAAGCAAAGCCCUCCGCCCCCCCUCAAGACAUUAAGUGCGCCCCCUCCAGCUCCACCAGCCUGCUGGUAGCUUGGCGCCCCCCGCCUGUGGAGAGCCAGAAUGGCGCCCUGGCGGGGUACACCGUGCGCUACCAGGUGGAGGCGGCGGCGGCGGCGGGCUCCGUCGAGUCGGCCGCCGGGACGGCCGACCAUGGGCAGACCUCGGGGGAAGUGUCAGUGCCCUUCGGCGAGCAGGUGCUGCUCCCGCGGCUGGAGAAGUGGACCCAGUACCGGAUCAGUGUGGCCGCUCUCACCCACAUGGGGUCCGGCCCCGAGAGCGCGCUGCUCAGCUGCAGCACCGACGAGGACGUGCCCGGCGCUCCGCCCAGGCGGGUCGACGUGGACGUGCUCAACUCCACCGCCCUCAAGGUGAUGUGGCGCUCGCUGGCGCCGGGCAAACAGCACGGGCAGAUCCGUGGCUACCAGGUCCACUACGUGCGUGUGGAGAACGGGGAGUCCCGCGGCCUGCCGCUGAUCAAAGACGUCAUGCUGGCCGACGCCCAGUGGGAAAUGGACGAUACCGCUGACUACGAAAUGGUCAUCGGAGGACUGAAGCCUGACACCACCUACUCCAUCACGGUGGCUGCUUACACCACCAAGGGUGAUGGAGCACGCAGCAAACCUAAGCUGGUGGUGACUAAGAGCGCAGGUCAGAACUUCACGGUCAGGUGGGCCACCAAAACCACAGUGAUGGUGGCGUGGAAGUUUUCUGAGAGCAGGUCUCCGUACAAAUGCACAAUCGAGUACAGCCGGCAGAAGAUGGACAUCGACGCCCGGCAGCUGAAGGCGCUGGUCUCGGGCCUGAGACCCAACAGCACCUACGAGUUCCGGGUCACCUGCAUGGAGCGGUCGGACGGGGGCCCGCGGCACCGCGUGGCGGCCAGGACGGCGCCCCUGGUGCUGGACAAGAAGCCCCGGCUGGAGAUCGACGUGGACCCCGACAGUGCCCUCACCAUCUCCUUCCCCCCUGUGGAGAGCAAGGACAUCAAGAACUUCUACUUGGUGGCCGUGCCGCUGAAGCGGACCACCGGGACGGUGAAGAACCUGAAGACCCCGGACGAGAUGGACAUGGAUGAGCUUCUCCGGGAGGUGAUCCCGAGACACCGGUCGCGGCGGCAGCUAGCCCAGCAGGACCAGAGGAAGCCCUACGUCAUGGCGUGCUGGCAUCUUCCGACCAGCUACAUGGUGGGCUCGGAGCACCGCCACAGCAGCUGUGAGAAACAAGCCCUCGAGCCGGGACAGGAGUACGUCUUCUUCCUGCUGGCCGAGCUCAACACCACCUCGGGGAAAAUGUUUGCAACCAGCCCGUACACGGACACGGUGCUGACCCCGGAGGUCGUGGACGUGCGGCAGGUGGAGACGGGCGCCGAUGUCAUCUGGGUGGUGGGCCCCGUGCUGGCCGUGGUCUUCAUCAUCUGCAUCGUCAUUGCCAUCCUCCUCUACAAGAACUCGCUCCGGAAAGAGGCGGAGCCACGGACCAAGUGUAUGCUCAACAACGCUGACAUCACCCCUCACCACCCCACCGACCUGGAGAUGAGACGCAUCAACUACCAGACGCCAGAUUCUGGUCUAAGCAGUCCUCAGAGUGAAGCCGAUAUUAUGGAUGAAAGGAUGAUGAACCACCCGCCCAUCCCCAUCGCCGAGCUGGCUGAACACACAGAGCUGCUGAAGGCCAACGACAACCUGAAGCUCUCGCAGGAGUACGAGUCUAUCGACCCAGGCCAGCAGUUCACCUGGGAGAACUCCAACCUGGAGGUGAAUAAGCCCAAGAAUCGCUAUGCCAACGUCAUCGCCUACGACCACUCCCGCGUCAUCCUGGCCCCCAUUGACGGCAUCACGGGCAGCGACUACAUCAACUCCAACUACAUCGAUGGCUACAGGAAGCAGAACGCCUACAUCGCCACCCAGGGGCCGUUACCGGAGACCUUCGGAGACUUCUGGAGGAUGGUGUGGGAGCAGCGGGCGGCCACUGUGGUCAUGAUGACCAGGCUAGAGGAGAAGUCACGGAUCAAGUGUGACCAGUACUGGCCAAGCCGGGGUACAGACACCUACGGGAUGACCCAGGUCACCCUGCUUGACACCAUAGAGCUGGCUACCUUCUGCGUUCGCACCUUCUCCCUACACAAGAACGGUUCGAGUGAGAAGCGGGAGGUGCGUCAGUUCCAGUUCACGGCGUGGCCCGACCACGGCGUCCCAGAGUACCCCACUCCCUUCCUGGCCUUCCUGCGCCGGGUCAAGACCUGCAACCCGCCUGACGCCGGCCCCAUCAUCGCACACUGCAGUGCCGGCGUGGGCCGCACCGGGUGCUUCAUCGUCAUCGACGCCAUGCUGGAGCGCAUCAAGCACGAGAAGACGGCGGACAUCUACGGCCACGUGACGCUCAUGCGCUCCCAGAGGAACUACAUGGUGCAGACGGAGGACCAGUACAGCUUCAUCCACGACGCGCUGCUGGAGGCGGUCGCCUGCGGCAACACGGAGGUGGCCGCCCGCAGCCUGUACUCCUACAUCCAGAAGCUGGCCCAGGUGGAGGUGGGCGAGCACGUCACCGGCAUGGAGCUGGAGUUCAAGCGGCUGGCCAACUCCAAGGCCCACACGUCCCGGUUCAUCAGCGCCAACCUGCCCUGCAACAAGUUCAAGAACCGGCUGGUCAACAUCAUGCCCUACGAGACCACGCGCGUCUGCCUGCAGCCAAUCAGGGGCCUGGAGGGCUCCGACUACAUCAACUCCAGCUUCAUCGACGGAUACAGACAACAGAAGGCGUACAUCGCCACACAGGGGCCCCUGGCGGAGACCACAGAGGACUUUUGGAGGAUGCUCUGGGAGAACAACUCCACCAUCGUCGUCAUGCUCACCAAGCUCAGAGAGAUGGGACGGGAGAAGUGCCACCAGUACUGGCCAGCGGAGCGCUCGGCACGGUACCAGUACUUUGUGGUGGACCCCAUGGCCGAGUACAACAUGCCCCAGUACAUCCUGCGAGAGUUCAAGGUCACCGACGCCAGGGUAAGAGCGCCCAGCGUGUGUGUGUGCGUGUGCUUGCAUUUUAUAGUUUGUGUUUUAUCGUUGUUAUUCUGGCGCCUCCGUGUUUUGGUCCAUUGUGUUUUUUUGAGUUUUAGGCCACAUAAAUAUAAACAUAUUCCAAGGUGAUGGAAUUAUUCAUGC